AUGAAUGUUACGCUCCUAUCAUUCUCUAAGAUCCAUAUCGAUGUGGUGGUUGAGAGUUCGGAAAAAGAGGUUAAGUGGCGCUGCACGGGAUUUUAUGGAUUCCUAGAAACUCAGUGGCGGCGGGACUCAUGGACCCUCCUACGCCAACUCCGUGAUCUCUCCCCUCUACCAUGGCUCGUCGGUGGUGAUUAUAACGAGAUUAUGUGCAACUCAGAAAAGGAGGGUGGACUUCCUCGACUCCCUUACCAAAUUGAAGAAUUUCGCAGAUGUCUGAUUGAUUGUGACCUCAGCGAUCUUGGUUUUGAGGGGCCAGGGGCCGGUGUAUACGUGUCUACGGAGCCAGAUGAGAGUGACAUUGAUGGGGUGCUCGAACCGAGGAUUACUCCAACAGCAGCUCAGUACUAUCCAUUCAUUCUCGAUCUGACAGAUUUUCUUAAUAAUAAAAAACUUUCUAGAGCUUUGAAUUAUACUCUCAUAGUGUUAAUUCCUAAAAUCACCUCCCCCGAGAAAAUCACGGAUUAUCGGCCAAUUAGCCUCUGUAAUGUUAUUUACAAGAUUGGUUCGAAAAUUAUCACCAAUCGUCUUACGGGUAUUCUUAAUGACAUCAUUUCCCCUACUCAAUCAGCAUUUGUUCCCCACCGCCUCAUUACGGACAAUGUCUUAGUUGCUUACGAGAUUAAUCAUUUUAUUAAAACUAAAUCUGGGCGUAGAGAGUCUUAUAUGGAAAUUAAGUUAGACAUUAGCAAGGCUUACGAUCGCAUUGAAUGGGUUUUUCUGAGGAGAGUGCUUGCUCGAUUUGGUUUCCCCCUUCAUUUUAUUGAUCUUAUCAUGUUGUGUGUCUCUUCGGUUUCUUACUCUUUUCUCUUUAAUGGUUCGCAGUUUGGAAUUCUUUCCCCAUCCCGGGGUCUUCGACAAGGAGAUCCCCUAUCUCCAUUUUUGUUUAUUUUGUGUGCAGAAGUUAUGAUCUCGAUGAUUCAGAUGGCGGUUUUUCGUGGCCAACUUCAUCGAGUCCGUACUGCACCACAGGCGCCUGUCAUUACUAAUCUUUGCUUCGCCGAUGAUACCCUUUUGUUCUGUCGCGCCAAACCAGGAGAUGCGCUCGUACUAAAAAAUAUUUUAGAUUUAUACGCUCGUAUCGCAGGGCAAGAAAUCAACUUGGCCAAAACGACUAUGUGCUACAGCCCUCAUACUUGCGAAACUACCAAAGGUCAUAUCAGGGAAAUUUUGGGCUUCAAGGAAGUGGAGAGACAUGAUACAUACUUGGGGAUGCCGGCAUCACUAGGGAAAUCUCGUAAGGAGAUAUUCCAAUUUCUUCGGGAUAGAUUAUGGGGUCGCAUCAAGGGUUGGGGCGCUCGACAACUUUCGAAGGCGGGAAAAGAAAUUAUGAUCAAGUCGGUUUUACAAGCAAUUCCCUCUUAUAUUAUGAGUUUCUUUGCAUUACCUGAAGGAUUAAUUCGGAACUUGGAGUUGUUGAUUAGGCUGUUUUGGUGGGGAAGAGCUGGAUCGAAGGGCAUGAUCUGGGUAUCUUGGCAGAGAGUUUGCAAGCCAAAAGCAAUCGGGGGUAUGGGUUUUAGGGAUUUGAGGCUAUUCAAUUUGGCGCUUCUCGCCAAACAAAUGUGGCGCUUUAUUACCCAACCAGAUCUUCUUAUCUCAAGGGUAAUGAAAGCGAGAUAUUUCCCGUCGGGCGAUAUUCUUCAAGCACAAAUUGGGAAUCGACCAAGCGCAACCUGGAGAAGUAUUCUUAAGGCCCGACCCUUGGUUUUAUUGGGAAUGCGCAAGAGAAUUGUGGUGGAUAUUAUAAAUCAAGACUCGAAUUGUUGGAAUGUUGACCUCAUCGACCAAUGCUUUUGGCCAGUGGAUCGAGAUAGGAUUCUUCAUUUCCCUAUUGGUAGUGAAUUGAUCGAGGAUAGUUGGGUGUGGCAUUACUCGGCUAAUGGGAAGUUUACGGUCCGCUCGUUCUAUCUCAAUGCUCUCAAUAGCAGGUUGCACUCAAGUGUUUCGCAACGACGAGCGGGUGGCGAUGGUAGUGGGACAGUGGCGGAGGAUUGGAGGAUGGUUUGGAAGUUGAAGCUCCCCCCAAAAAUUAAAAACUUCGUAUGGCGCGCUUGUGCCGAAAUUACGCCGACGGGGGCUGAGCUGUUUCGGCGAAGAAUUACUCCGACCCCUGAGUGUACGAGGUGUGAAAGCCGAGUAGAGACAAUGAGCUGGCAGCUACUUAACAACCAUUUGCAUGGGCAUGACGACAUCCAUGUUGCGGAGUUGCUGAGCUGGUGUGAGAAUCUACUAUCCCUGUUCCAAGCGCACCAUAUGCACCAUAACGGCGGGCCCCGCCCCUCUCUUUCGUCUACGUGGACUGUUCCACCAAUGGGCAGCAUCAAAAUCAAUUUUGAUGCAGCUCUACCUCCUGGUAAGCCGUUUUAUGCAUGUGCCAUGGUGGCGAGGAAUCACGAUCGUCAAUGUCUUGGUUGGGCUAUUCGCCACUUUCCAGGGAAGCCAACACCCACUGAUUGUGAAGCCCACGCAACUCUAGUAUCCAUGGUAUGGGCUCGGAGACAAGGCUGGGACAAUAUCAUUUUGGAGGGAGAUAACCUCACAGUCAUAAACUUUCUCAAGAAUAAAGAGAACAAUUCAACUUCGUUUGGUGCAUUCAUCGAAGAAUGUAUUUCGAUUUCUUCUUCGUUUUCUAGUUGCAUCUUUUCUUUUAUUCGUCGUAAGGGCAAUGUUUUAGCUCACUCUUUUGCCACGAACCUUGGUUAUUCAUGUAAUGAGGGUAUUUACAUUCCCUCUGACUUAGGGCAUUUAGCCUAA